AUGGCGUCAUCCCUUCCUGCUGCUAAGCAGCAACUGAGAAAGCUUAUGAAACAGAAGCUCUCUACCAUCUCACAGGAUUCCAUCACUUCUCAGAGCCGUUGCAUAUUUGAGUCACUGAAAGAACUUCAGCCUUACAAGGAUGCCAGACGCAUCAGCAUCUAUUUGGCUAUGCCAACAGCAGAGGUCCAAACAGAUGCAAUUGUCCGUCACGCACUAGCUGCUGGAAAGAAGGUCUUUGUUCCUUACCUUCACAAAUCGCCUUUCCAAACACCGGACACCCCGUCCCGCGUAAUGGACAUGGUCCAUCUGGAAAACGUGCAAGACUACGAGAGUCUCAAGCUGGACAAGUGGGGGAUCCCAAGCGUGGAUCCGGCCACUGCUGAUUCAAGAAAACGAAUCCUCGGCGGCUCAGAUGUUCAGAAUUCUGACCCAGGUAUUCUCGACUUCAUUGUCGUCCCCGGUGUCGCUUUUGACUUCGAUGAAUCAGGGUCGAUUAGGCGUCUUGGUCACGGCAAGGGCUUUUAUGACUUCUUUAUCAACAGAUACAUGGCCAAGCUUGAGUCAAAGGGUAUCGCACAGCAAAACCCGUUGCACUUGUACGGUCUGGCUUUGAAGGAACAGAUGGUACCUGCGACAUCGGAGUAUCAGAUUCCUACAGAUACUCACGAUCGUAGACUCAACGGUCUCAUCGUUGGUGAUGGCGAGAUCAAGCAUGGUGUCCACGAAGCGUCUACUUCACGAUAUCCAGCACAAGAUCUUUAA